GUUAGGAAUUAUAAGCACAAAGAACAGGCUGCUACCAGCACAGCACAGCACCAGAGCACUAAUUAAAGCUGACUCGAGUCAGAUCCGUGACGACAAACCGUUCAUACAUAGCACAGAUACGAUUUCUUUUGGGGUACGAUUUAUCCCAUAAAUUAAAGCUGACCCGGGGCACUGCGGAACUGGUCUCUGCAGAGAGGACAGCAAAAAGCUAUUAGUCAUAUCCCUUAAAAGAAACCAUCUCGGGCUUUAAAAAAUUAAUUAACUAAUUGAAAAAGAAAGAACUAAAAUUCAAAACACGUAAACGAACUGUCAAUUUUAAUAGUAAAUAGUAAUUAAAGAAAUAUAUAUAAUUAACGAAUUUAUAAUUGUGUAAUUAACAAAGAAGCUGGUACAUAUAUCGUUAUCAUCCAGGCUUUUGAAGUGUUUUCGUUUUUCGUGUUUGAAUUCCAAGGUUGUUGGCUUUUCGUUGGACAGAAAUUAAUUGGUUUUGCUGGGAGGAAAAUAUAACGAAUUAGUCUGAGUUUAUCUUAGUUAUUUAACUUAAAAUUAAAAGUAUUUUUACGGUUGGGGAUCCGGGUGUUGAUGUGUAAUGACCAGAGGUGACAUCAAUUAAUUACUUUUUUUAUAAGACGACGAUUAAUUAUAUUUUAAUUCGCAUAGAAAACCAUCCUCGGCUGAAAACAACAACUUUGCAUUCAUCAUCACAUUGAGAACUUUUCGGCUAAUUAUUAUUGUUGUUAAUUAUUAGUAAUUACAGCAAGCAAGCAGACAGACAGACAGAAAACAAAGCAAAACACACGGCACAUAUUCCAUUAGCAGAAACAUUGAAAGAUGGCAGCCGUUGAGAGUUUGAGCAUCCACGACUCAUUGAAAACCGGAGUAGCGAAAGAGCACGAGGAAGCCGAAAAUGGCAUUUUCACUCAGUCGAUUAUGAAAGGGACUGUGACCCCUGCUAUCUACCGCCAGUUCCUUGCAGAACUUUACGAAAUCUACAAGGCAAUCGAAGAAGCGGCCGAACUCAACAAAGAACACGAGACAUUCGGAAUGACACAUUUCCCGACCGAGUUCAACCGUGUUGGAGCAAUUGAGAAGGAUCUGGAGUAUUACUAUGGCGCCAACUGGAAAGAAGAAGCAAAGAGUCAAGCGCCGACGACAACUAAAUACGUGGCCAGAAUAAAAGAGGUGGGCAAAACUAACCCGACUCUGUUGAUUGCUCACUGCUACGUGCGGUACCUUGGUGACAUGUCGGGCGGCCGGCAAAUAAAGUACAAAUUGAUGAAGCAUUUUAAUUUGGGUUCUUCGGACGAUGGCAUUGCGUUCUUUGUCUUUGACCAGAUCGACAACGUGGCCCACUUCAAGGAGUAUUAUUUCGGCCGCAUGAAUUCCAUCAACAUUGACGACGACCAACUGGCAGAGCUGGUUGCCGAAGCAAAGAAAGCGUUCCAGUUCAAUAUCGAUCUCUUUAAGGACAUGAAUGAUUUUGUUCAGAAAAUGAAAUUGCCCCAAGAAAAUAUUUCUAGCGAUCCAUCGAAGAUGGAAACGUUUUAUAAUCAUUUCAAAAGUCUAUUCAGUUCCUCAUAAUGAGCUGUGAUCCAUUCUGUUGACUUCUAAUUAUUUUUUCCACCCUCCCAUAGUUUAAGAUUAUUUCCUCAAAGCUUCCACAAAUGUGAUAAGGAAAAGAGAGAAAAAUAAACUCAAAAUAUGGUUCAGUGCUCUUCAUUUUUUUUUCGUAAAGAAACCUGUCUUCCUAUUAAAAAAAAUUGCGAAUGGGAUAUUCGUUAAUAAUAAUAUUCGUUAAUGGGGUAUUCGUUAAUAAAAGUAGAGUUAAAUUUAUUAGGAAAAUAAAUUUGUUUUACACAAGGACUUCAAGUUUUAUCUGA